UAUACGUUUUACUUAAUCGUCAGCCAAGUUAAAACUAGAACUUUAAUUCAUGGUUUAAAUUAGUUAAAAUUUCAUUCUCUUGUACAUAUACCUAUUAAAUAUUGGCUUGUAAUAUGACGAACAUUUUGCCACCCGAAGUAAUAAGGGUUUGGAUGUCUCUCUUCCUUCAAAAUGGUGCUUUUGUGACUAUAACAAAACUGGAAAAGUGCUUGCUGUCGCUCUCAAUAAGUUCAGAUCAAGCUAGCCAAGCAGUGAACACUGCUUUAAAUUUGGGCAUUCUAGUUCCCAAAGUGGUAAAUGCAAAUGGACGUGGGCGAGGAAGAGGUAAAGGAACUAAAGUAAGAUUUUAUCAAAAAUUGGCUACUGCACCUGGUUCAUUGAAGGAUGAAUAUUGUUUGGAGUGCCAUUUAACGAAAAGAGAAGAACCUGAAUCUGAAUCUGAGUUGCAGCAUUGCCUCACCUGUGCACGCAGUUUUCAUGCUGCCUGCCAUCGCAAAGAUCCACACAAACCGAACUAUUCGGUGCCAUCAUACAAAGGGCAAACCUAUAAAUUGCCAGUCAAUGAAUCUGAUACAGAUUUGGAAGAUAAUAAUAGUGAUACAAAUAACGAUGACAAUAGUAAUAUAAUUUCUCCGGAAAGCGAACUAACCCUUGACCACAAUAGUAAUGUUAAUCUCAAUCCACAUGCCGAUUCGUUUCUCAAGCACGAGCAUGACGAUGAUGUUUUCUUUGUGAGCGAACAGCCGGCCUCAGUAAGACGUCGAAGACAAAGCCAGAUUAAAAGUGAAUUCCAGGCGCUAAAUGAUAUACCAGAUGUUGAUAUGGAACUGGAGCUUUGUACUGUUUGCCGCCUGCAAAAAUUUGCCGCUCUACACAAUCCUCCGCACUUGGGUAAAGAGGAGCUAAACUGUCUGCUAGACUAUUCUUGGAAAAGUCAUCAAAGUUGGCUGUCAAUGGAUGUGCGAAAAUAUAUAACAAAACACUGGAGCAGACGAGAUGGGAACUUGGUCAAGCGUUUGCUUUUUCGUAAUGAUAUUCUUGGCCUCAGUGACAUCACCAAAAAGAUUUCCAAUCAGAAGUAUAAGUAUUUGACGGAAUUACUAAUCGAUCUGAUUGACUUACAGCACAAUAUCGGAAUAUUCUUUGGCACCAAAUGUCAGGAAUAUAAUGACACCAAGUGGCUGUUGCGGGAUGUAACCCAUGAUAUUCGGGAGAUACGUCGUUGUCCGGACUGUUAUCGGUUCUCAAGUGAGGCGAAUCGUUCGACUUUUUGGUUCGCCAAGCCCUGCCUGCAACGCCAUGAACUAGUCUAUGCCAAGCAGUCGGGAUCGCCUCCCUGGCCAGCCAAGGUCAUACGAGUUUUAUCCCGCAAACCGAAUAAAUAUGACGUUCGCUUCUUUGGCGGCUCUCAUUCACGUGCUCUAGUUGCUGCACGGGAUAUCCUGCCCAUAGAUGCAGACAUCUCCGCCCACCUUAAAAAGAGGAAUUCGCGGGCAUUGAGUGCUGCUGUUCAGGAGCUAAAAUGUCAUGAAAUGUUAUCGCGCUUUUCGGCAUCGUUUUUUGGAUACCAUUCCAAUCCUCAAGUAGGCGAACAACUAAUUCAAAACGCCCUUCGUCACUAUGCAGAGGAAUUUGUGACAGAUCGCUUUAUCAGUACUCCAACUCCGACAACUAUUCCAGCAAAUAGAAAGAGGAAUCUCCAAGAGCGGGAACCCACCAUCUUGGCACCCUUUGCCAAGCGUUUACGGUCUUCGACUCCUGCAUACCUAACCAGACAUCGGAAAAGUGCAGCAGCAGUUACAUCAGCCGCUUCCAUUGACAUGGAAGGAGAAUACUUUGACGAAGCAAAUGCAAAUAUUUCCAGCAGUGGGGACUAUCAUCAGUUGGCUUCGGAGCUUUUAGCAACUCAAGAGGAACUCUUCAAAUGUAAGAGUGAGCUGGCCAUAGUGCAACAAAAUUUGGAAGAUGUGAAACGUAGGAAAUGGUGCUACUUCUGUCUUAAGGAAGCUAUUUUCGAUUGUUGCUUUUCCGCUUCUUACUGCAGCGUUGCUUGCAAGCGUAAGGAUAAACGAGCGCAUCUCACUAUAUGCAAACUAAAACAAUAACUAGGUAUUUUCUUACUCAAACAAUAAUACAAUUUGUUAUACUCUUAAAAAACAUGAAAAAGGAAGUACUAUAAUGUGCCACUAAUAAUCUUUUUUCAGUCAGAAACGUGAUAUAAUAAAGUAGACGUUAUAUAUACAUUUGAAACCAAUUGUGGCGAAGGUAAAAUAAUAGAGUCUCUCGUUAAAUUAAAAUAUGUAAAUUUUAUUUUCUAUACUUAAUUGAAACACAAAUAAAAUAAAAGUUGAGUUUAAAUAUGAA